AUGGCGUCGCAGCAGAUGGGUACCAACAAUCCUCAGAUGAACGUUCAGCAACCUGCUGGUUUACACCAACAACAGUCACAACAACAACAACAGCAGCAGCAGCUCAGUCAGCAACAAGACUUUGACCCCGUUCACAGAUUUAAGAUGCUUAUUCCACAGCUGAAGGAGAGUUUACAGAAUGUCAUGACCAUUGCCUCACAACAUUUUGGGUACAAUGCUGCUAUCGAUAACGGUCAGCGAACAACAGAGAUGGGCAAUGAUGCAGCUAUUCAGCGGUUUGACAAAAGUUUAGAGGAGUUUUAUGCCCUUUGUGAUCAAGUGGAACUCUGCCUGCGUCUGGCCCACGAGUGCCUAUCGCAGAGCAUCGAUAGCACAAAGCACUCUCCCAAUCUCGUGCCUACAGCUACCAAGCCAGACACGGUGCAGACAGAAUCAUUGUCUUACUCGCAGUACCUCAGUAUGAUAAAAUCACAGAUUUCAUGUGCUAAAGAUAUCCAUAAUGCUCUUUUGGAGUGUUCAAAAAAGAUCGCUGGAAAGGCCCAGUGAGCUUGUACUUAAAACACUGUAUUUAGUUUUCUUUUGAUAUUGUUUUUCAUAACUUUGUGAUGCUGAUCGAAGAAUAAAUAUUUUCUACAUAUAUUUAA